GCCGUCAGGCCCCGCCCCUUCACCCUCCAGCCCUGGUCUCCAGCAGCCAAGAUGGCGGCUCCCUGUGUGUUCUGGGGCGCAGCGGUUUCCUACCGGCUGUUUCUCGGAGGUAGGGUUAGCCUUGCCCUCAGACAGGGAGUCUGGAAAGCCGCGGCUGCUGAGUUGCAGAUAUUAAGGCUAAGACACACCACAGGUGUAACAGCAAAGAAAAAUGUUGCAGCCUUAAGACGUGAAACUUACACAGUGGAUUUUAUUAAAAAGCAGAUUGAAGAGUUCAACAUAGGAAAGAGACAUUUAGCCAACAUGAUGGGAGAAGAUCCAGAAACUUUUACGCAAGAGGAUAUUGAUAGAGCUAUUGCUUACCUUUUUCCAAGUGGUUUGUUUGAGAAGCAAGCCAGGCCAAUAAUGAAGCAUCCUGAACAGAUUUUUCCCAAACAGAGAGCAAUCCAGUGGGGAGAAGAUGGCCGUCCAUUUCAUUUUCUCUUCUAUACUGGCAAACAGUCGUAUUAUUCACUAAUGCACGAAGCAUAUGGAAAGCUACUAGAUGUAGAAAAACGUCAGAAUCAGUUGCAAGCCAAAGGUCUAUUUUCAGAAAAAACUAAAACCAAAGACCUGAUUGGCAGCAGAUGGCUGAUUAAGGAGGAACUAGAAGAAAUGUUAGUGGAAAAACUGUCAGAUCAAGAUUAUGCACAGUUCAUUCGGCUGCUAGAAAGGUUAUUGACAGUGGAGUGCAGUGCCGAAGAAGAAGAGUUUGUGCAGAGGUUUCGUAGGAGUGUAACUGUUCAAUCAAGAAAACAGCUGAUUGAACCCUUGCAGUAUGACGGGCAAGGAAUGGCCUUCAGCACAAGCGAAGGUAAAAGAAAGAGUGCAAAAGCAGAAGCCAUUGUUUAUGAGCAUGGAAGUGGAAGAAUAAAAGUAAAUGGAAUCGAUUAUCUGCUUUACUUCCCAGUGACACAAGACAGAGAACAGCUGAUGUUCCCUUUCCACUUCCUGGACCGGCUUGGAAAACACGAUGUGACCUGCACCGUGUCGGGUGGUGGGCGGUCUUCGCAGGCGGGAGCCAUACGCUUGGCGAUGGCCAAAGCCUUGUGCAGUUUUGUCACCGAGGAAGAGGUCGAGUGGAUGAGACAAGCUGGACUGCUGACUGCCGAUCCACGGGUCAGAGAACGGAAGAAGCCAGGCCAGGAGGGAGCCCGCAGAAAGUUUACCUGGAAGAAGCGCUAAGUGUUCUUUCACAGGAGAGGAGAGGAAACGCUGUGUAUAUGUGCCCGGCAUGCGGCAGACAUAUGAUAAAUAUUUGCCGGCUAGUGUGAGGGCAACACUAUCGGGCGUUUGAGUUGUGAGACAGUUUAUUUUUAAACGCUACUUCGUAAAGGUUACCCUGUAAAUACAAUUUUUAAAACAUG